AAUUCACGAGUUUUCGUUCAAAUGACCAUUUUUCAUCAGGCUCCUACACUUACUUUCAGCAAUAGCAGAUAUUUCAGACCAUUCAUAGUGUGGUAUUUAGCGGGUUUUGAAGCAAAAUCAUUUGAGUAACGUGUGGAGAGCAUUUGACGUUGGUAUUUUUUGGAGGGUUAUUUCAUCUGAAUGCAAAUGGAUUUUAGAGUAGAUAAGUGCACUGAAACGUUUUUAUAACGGACACAUUCUGGGUAUACCUGAGAAUUAUAUUACAUCGUGUAAAAAUUUGCAUAAUAAGUCCACUUUAACAUAAACUCUUAAAAACCAGUCCCCAAAUGAUAAUAUCCAACAAAAUAUAAAAUAUUUCACAUUUUACUGAGCUCUGGUAAGAUGCAUUGUUUAGCAUCUUUUAAGGCUUUUUGAAAGAAUCACAUUUACUCAUAAAGCACAUCUCGGGUUUUAUAAUAAAUUGCAUGUUUUACUUUAUAAAUGUACUAUAUUAGUUUUAUAUUUGUAAAUAAAUGAUAGUACAUGUGAUUUGCAGUAGGUUUUUGUUUAUAUUUUCCCUGAAGUUAACAUAGUUUCAGUUUUGGUGGACUACAAAAUGCAAAUGUGUGCAUUGAAAAAAAGAUGACUACUAAUUUGCAAGUUUUUAACAUGUUUUAGCCAAAAGACAAAGCACAUUAAAAAAAAGAAUUCUCCUGUUUGUCCAAAGGACAGGAUAAGUCUGGUCACCUAUUGCGGCUGCCCUUAAAUGAAGUGUAAACUGUGCGAAUGUUGUUGCAUUGCGGCUCGCGCAGGGAAGCGGAUCAGACGUCACUCGACCAAUCGCCUCUCAGCAGAGGCUUUCCGUCAUGGCGUCUAUGCAGAAAAGAUUACAAAAAGAACUGUUGGCGUUGCAAAGUGACCCUCCACCUGGAAUGACGCUGAAUGAAAACAGCGUGCAGAACACAAUCACAGAGUGGCUUAUAGAUAUGGAAGGUGCUCCAGGUACUCUUUAUGAGGGGGAGAAGUUUCAGCUGCUCUUCAAAUUCAGUAGUAGAUAUCCUUUUGACUCACCUCAGGUAAUGUUCACUGGAGAGAAUAUACCCAUCCAUCCACAUGUCUAUAGCAAUGGUCACAUCUGUUUAUCUAUAUUAACGGAAGAUUGGUCACCAGCUUUAUCCGUGCAGUCGGUUUGUUUAAGCAUUAUUAGCAUGCUGUCAAGCUGCAAAGAAAAGCGGCGUCCUCCAGAUAAUUCAUUUUAUGUAAAGACAUGUAAUAAAAAUCCAAAGAAAACAAAGUGGUGGUAUCAUGAUGAUACAUGCUAGUAUCCAAGUGCAUCAUUGUGUUACAGUAUAUGAACAGACUUUUGGAUCAUGGAUUAGAAUUGAACCAGCAGACUGUGGCUAUUUGUGUGUGGAUUGGGCAUGCUGACUGGAAAAGAUGCAUAAAAACUGCAGGAAUGUAACCCACCCAGCAAGCAUAUUUUGAUGGAUGAAAGAUGUGGAGCUCUUUAUUUUUUUUUCUUCAAAUUUUGUAAUGUUUGAUUCAUGUUGUAUUAUUUCUUUAUAAGCCUUUAAGGGUUUUCAUUGUUUGUGCAAUAAUAACUUGAGCUUGGGUUUAAAAUAAAAGGAAGGACGGUGCAAAUCAGACAUCUAACUGCUGUAAUGGAUCCAUCAGCAAAAGCAGAGACACAAGUCGACCUUUGUCUUGCCUGGUAAUGCACUGUGAACUUUAAACAGGGCAACAUUUUUAAUUAAUAUUGUAACAUAAAACCAUAGUUUCUUUUAUGAAAUAAGCCAUUUUUAGUUGAAUAUUGUUGUUGGGUGUGGUGUACAGUACAGUAUAGGACUAUUUUGAUAAAUGCACAAUUUACUGAUAUGUACAGAUUUGAUGCGGGGUGAUAUUAUAUGAUUGUAAAUGUAAUUUAGAAUUACAUAAAAAUGCUUUAUGGGAUAAGAUUUAAGCACUGGUUUUAUAGACAGACAACUUUUGCGUAGUUAAAACAAAGAUAAAUUUUAGACAUUAUCACUUGACCUUUUAUGUAAAGCUCUAUCUAGCUAUAUUAAAAUUGACCGUUUGAUUUAAUGGUUAUAUGUGUUGUGCUGGGAGUGUUUCUUUUAAAAAGACAACUUUUCCCUGCAUCUAGUUUAAAAACCAUUAUGUUCGUGUUCAUGAUUUUGAUAACUUUAUUUAACUUUAUUUAAAAGAAAUGUCCCUAU